CCUCUUGAGCGGGAUCGGCCCGGCGCGGCCGGUGGCCGGGGCGAUGUGAGCCGGGGCCCGCGGGCGCGGCCGGACCGCCGCGAUGUGGCUGAAGCCCGAGGAGGUGCUGCUGAAGAACGCCCUGAAGCUCUGGGUGACCCAGAAGAGCAGCUGCUACUUCAUCCUGCAGCGGCGCCGCGGGCACGGCGAGGGGGGCGGCCGCCUCACCGGUCGCCUGGUCGGCGCUCUGGAUGCAGUGCUGGACUCCAAUGCGCGUGUCGCUCCAUUUCGAAUUCUGCUUCAAGUUCCUGGGUCCCAGGUUUAUUCUCCCAUAGCAUGUGGUGAGUUACUGAAUGGAUCAGACGUUUACUGGGCCAUAGCCACUGCACAUAAAGGCUACAAGCUUGGCAGUGUGGCCCGGGCAUGCGGGGCUUUGAGUGGUGUGUUCCUGGGUGCUCGUGCGCUGAUUGCCGAGGAGGCGAGCAGCAGGCUCGCUGAGCAGGAAGAGGAGCCCGAGAAGUUCCGAGAAGCCCUGGUGAAGUUUGAGGCCAGGUUCAACUUCCCCGAGGCAGAGAAGCUGGUCACCUACUACUCCUGCUGCUGCUGGAAGGGCAGGGUGCCCCGCCAAGGCUGGCUGUACCUCAGCAUCAACCACCUCUGCUUCUACUCCUUCUUCCUGGGCAAGGAACGAGCUAAACUAGGCAGUGGGAUUUCAAGGUGA